UUUUGAUUCAUAGCCGUGCCCAUUUUCCAGAGAUUCUGAAACGAAAAAUUUUCCCUACUCUAUCUACAAUGGCCAAGAAAUCCAAAAAACCUCACGACGAUGACAACAAUGAAGAUCUCCCAAAUUCUGAUCCAAAUCCCAAUUCAUCUAGCAUUUUUGAAACCCUGUUCGGUGAAAACUUGGUAAAUGCCGCCACAUCAUCAAUAUUUUCAGAAGAUAAUCCUUUUCGAAGAAAAUCCUUUGGCAGCUCUCAACCUAACCAGCAAGCUGAAAUAGGGUUAGGGGUUACUGCUUCCAAGGUUAAUGAUUCGGAUUCCAAGAGGAGAAAGAAGGAGAAGAAGGAAAAGAAGGAGAAGAAAGGCAAGGAGAGGGCCGUUUUGAAAGUUGAUAACGAAGAUGAAGAGCAAGAUGGAAAUGGAUCAGGAGUGAAAUUAAAGAACUUUGAGCCUAUAAAGCUUGACGAUAAUGAUAAUAAAAACAAGAAGAGAAAGAGAGACAAUAUUGAGGCGGAGUACGAGGUAAAACUAUAUGGGCUGGACGAGGCAGAGAAGGAAGAUCCAGUAAGUGGAAAGGUUGGUGAGAAGCGUAAGAAAAUGGACAACCCAGAAGAUAUGAUGGUGUCAAAGAAGGGAUUUGAUGAUGAGAGCAAGCUCUUGAGGACCAUAUUUGUUGGGAAUAUUCCUCUGAAGCUUAAGAAGAAGACAUUAUCGAAGGAAUUUUCCCAGUUUGGAGAGAUAGAGAGCAUUAGAUUCCGGUCUGUUCCCAUUUCUGAUAGCAAAGUUCCAAGGAAGGGCGCUGUAAUAAUGAAGCAAUUGAAUGAGAAUGCUGACGGUGUACAUGCUUACAUUGUAUAUAAAACUGAGGAAUCUGCCCAGGCGUCAUUGUCACAUAACAUGACUGUGGUAGGAGGAAAUCAUAUUCGGGUGGACAGGGCAUGCCCUCCUAGGAAGAAGAUGAAGGGAGACAGUGCACCCUUGUAUGAUAAUAAAAGGACCUUGUUUGUGGGCAACCUUCCAUUUGAUGUUAAGGAUGAAGAGAUCUAUCAGUUGUUCUGUGGUAUUAAAAAUCUGGAUACAAGUUUGGAAGCUGUUCGCGUAAUCAGAGACCCAAAUACACUAAUGGGAAAGGGUGUUGCGUAUGUGGUAUUUAAAACAAAGGAGGAUGCAAGCGUUGUUUCCAAGAAGCAUUUAAAGUUGAGAGAUCGGGAACUGAGGCUUUCUCAUGCCAAGGCAAACAUUACCCCAUCUAAGAGAAAGAACUCAAACGACAAUAGUAACAAUUCUUGUCCAACAAAGUUGAGAUCUCCAGGAAGCUACGAAAAUAGGACAAGAAAUGCCCCCCUCUCUUACCAGGGUAUGAAAGCAAGCAAGUCCUUCACUGGCUUUCAAAAGAAGUUAAUCCGCCCUAAAACUGGCGAGCAGCCAAAAUUCAAACCCAAAUUGGACAUUUGGAAAACACACACCGAAAGGACAACAAAGAGGCCGGCGGUUGCUGCCAGGAAGGCAAAAGCACUUGAUAGUGGUGGUGGUGGUGAUGAUGGCCCCCUCGGACGAGGCAGAGGUACAAAACGGAAACCUGAUUACCGUAUCCCUUUGAGUUCUGGUAGGAACACAAAGGUUAGAAAAAUUGGAUAGGAAUUUCAUUGUAUUAUUAAUUACUGGUGGUUUGUUGGACUUCUAUAUGGAUGCUAAAAUGAUAAAAAUCUUUAUUAUCCCACAUGUUCUUUCUCAGUAUUGUAGUUUAAUUAAUUAUGGGAUAUUUUUCGAUAUUUAUCCUAAAGGGACAUUUUGUGACCG